ACUUUCAGAAGACGGGGAGAGAGAAUAUAAGACGAGCCCUUGGUUCCCUGCCUGUGUAACAUGUACGCGGUGCUGCCUGACCAGAAACAAUACGAAGAAAUGACUUAGCCUUGAUGGACACCAAUCACAGGUGCUGCUUCAUUCUCCAUCUUGCUGCGCUGGCUGCUCCACCAAUCACAGCUCUCGUCUCUCUUGGGUUGCUCGCUUCUCUGCCAAUGGAGCGCUGUCUUCAUCCUGCAAGUCUCAUCUUGUUUACCGACGUCACGGAUACGUCAGGCUUCAGGCGGCACCGAAGGCGAAUAGUAAAGCUUGAGUCACUAAAGAUGAGGAGGUGAGGCGAGACAAGUGGUGAGGGAGCACGAUGGACAACCUCCACCUGCGCAUUCUCAGCAUCCGGGACGAAGUGGUGGAGAACUGGGACUUCCUCCAUGACCUGGUGGCAGCAAGACUCCCCAAGCGGCAGAAUGCAGUUGGCGUGGCCUCGGGCAGCCUGAGCCAUGACUCUGACGGACGGGUGUGGGUGGAGGUCGGUGAGCAGCGGCUCAGGCUGCGGGUCAUGCACCUCCACCCAGCCAACCCAGCCAUUGUGGAUGCCAUGGUCAGCCGGACAGCAGAGGCCAGACUCAGUGACCAGGAGGAUGUGUUCAAGGUGCCGGCUGAUGACGAGAUCUCCUUGGCUUCACUGGAGGACUACUGGUUCAACCACUGGGAGGGUCCCUUUGUUACUCCUGACUCCAACCAAAAUACAGUCAACUUCAGAAGGUCUCGAAGGAGCCUGAGAAAGUCAAAGAGAAAGUUCCGAUGUUCUGUCUGCCACAAAAAGAUUAUGGGAGCUGAUGGCCACGAGGAAGAGCUCCAGGAGCCUCCCUGUUUGGAGCGAGACAAUGUGCUGGCCCAUGUCCCAUCUGUCAAACUGGAGACAAUAACCCCCAAAGUAGACGACCUGGCAGGAGGAAGCUCUGAUGAGGAGGGAUUCAAAUCAGUGUUUAAUGAGGAGCUACUUUCCAGGUACAGUGCCAGUGAUGAGCAGCUUGCCCGGGCCCACAGAGUGAUGGACAAUGAACUGCGCACCAGCUUCUCCCUGUUUGCUGAGGAGGCAGUAACUCAGGACGUCUUGGAUGGCGUCAGCAUGAGUAUCAAUGACGGAAGUAGCUCACCUGAUGCCUCCCUACAUUUGGCACCUCCAGUCUACAGCCCCAGACAGUCCAGGUCAUGCCCAUGCAGCCCAAAAUUGUCAAGUCGCAAUCACAGCCCCAAGUCUAAUGCUGGAAGCCCCAAGCCACAGUCCAGAUCAGGGAGCUCAAAGUUCUCACUCAGCAGCUCAUUGAUGGCUAUACAUCGGCAAGCUUCAAACUCCCUAAGGCCAGACUUCUUGCGGUUUGAUUCUGGGAAGAGUGACUUUGGUGGUUCAAAGAGUGGCUCCCAACAGAGCAGUCUGAGGAAUGAGCUGCGACAAACCAAGUCCACUGGGGAGGCACAACUGGGAAACCUUGAUGAGUCCCUAGCAGACCAAACCUCCAGUGACGCCUUGCGGGGAGACGGUGCUCGCCAGGAGACUCCCAGAACUGCCUUACAUGAGAGUCACUCAUUACCUGCACUGAAGUUAGCAAAAAUGUCAAUGACCUACAAGGGUGGUGUGGUAGUGAACCAGGAAAGGGAGGCAGCAUUUGGACAGUACUCUGACACCACCAGACUGAUCACUGAUGGGGCUUGUGCUCUUCCUUCCACCCCUGAGGACACCACUCUGCCUGAGGACUUCACAGGAGCCCCACAGAUUCUCCCAGAUGUAGUGCCAAGAUAUGAUGCCUCCUCAUCUCCCCUGAGCCAAAUAUUAGAGUCCAAACCUUCAAUAUCUGUCACAGGGUCAUCUGUGGAAGACUUCAGAGCAUACAACUUUGAUCAGAGGGAGGGUAUUGUCAACUUGGGGUUUGAUGGGCAUGAGGAGAGCUCAGAUUUUGUUGAUAUAAGUGAAAUGCAUGGUGCUAAAGCUACUCAUGUAGAGAACAGUCCCUCCUCCUGUAAUAGACGAGGGUCAAUUGGGAGCGACAUUGACAUAGGAAAGAGCAACAUUCAGAUGAACAUUGACACAGUUCAUGCCAUCUCCAUCGGUCACUCCCCACAGGGUCAGGAUGUUGCCUUGUCCCUAGAGGUCCCUCCACUCCAGCCCACAGAACAAGAAGCCAAAGGUGCAAGCAGCAGAUGUGAAGGUGCAGACAACACAUCUGUGAGCAGCUCAGCCACUCCCUCCACUGCCAGCCCCUCCCCCUCCCCUCACAUCAACCCAGCUGAUGGCUUGCCCACCACACCGCGCCGCCUCAUCAUUGAGGAGAUGGAGGAGGAGGAGCACGUCCCAUAUGACCACAUGCACGUGGCCCGCCAGAUGGUGUUUUGGUGGCAGAAGCCCAACCCCAGUGACGAGGAGUUCUGCCAGAACACUGCUGAGUGCAAAGUGAAGCAAAAACCCCUGCUGCUUUUCCUGCAUGGCAUGGGAGGUAGCAGUGACCACUGGCGGCAACAACUGUGGUACUUUGUCACUCGGGGAUAUGAGGUUGUAGCACCAGACCUGAUGGGCCACGGACUGAGCUCUGCACCAAAAGACCCCGAACAUUAUACUUUCUCUCAGAUGCUGGACCAGAUCACCCUUGUCUUUGAUCUCUUUGUGCCACAAGGCCGCAAGUGUGUGGUCAUUGGACAUGGAUAUGGGUGUUCCAUCGCUGCAGCAUUGGCAAGGAGCAGAGUGUCAUCUGUGCGGCUAGUAAUACUGGCCAGCUGUGGGGGACCAAGUCCACUCAUCCCCAAUCCUCCCAACAAGUCUUUCCUUCACACACGCCUGGCUGCCUUCCUGAGCCCCUUCCUGGCCUGUGGAUGCUGCAGUCGUGAGAUCCUGUACACGCCACGAGGGAAACACUUUGCUGCAGACGCCCUGUCAGGCUCCUCCAUCACCCCAACGCCUCGCUAUGUGCUAGAGAAUGUGGCUCGUGGGCAGAUCUGGCCUGAGGGUGACAUUGCCUUCCAUCGCAGGAUAACCGUGCCAACACUGCUGCUGCAUGGCAUGAAGGACGAGCAUGUCACCCUGGUGGAGAUGUGUGAGAUGGAGAGGACCAUUCCCCGAGCCUUCCUGGAGAUGGUACCCAAUGGGGGUCACGACCUGAUGCUGGACGCUCCCGUUGACGUGAGCCAGGCCAUCCACCGCUUCAUCAAGAGGUGGCACCGCAAGCAAUAGUGUCUUGACUCCCAGGCAGAAGGAUAAGGUGUGCGUAUGUGUGGCUCACUCUUCGAUAGUACUCAUUUCCCAUCCUGUUUGCUCAAGCAAUUGUCUUAGUCAUUUACUGAGUUUUGCCUUCAGUACAAGUGUUGGAUAAUGAAUGGCUCUUGCUCAAGUCACAUCAGAGAAGGAUUUUAGAAAUCUGAUAUUGAAACAUUUUUGGAUUAGAUGUUUAAAUGAAAUUUUGUAUGAUAGAAUAUACCUAAUUUUUUUAUGAACUAGAUAAUUUUUCACAUCAGCUUAAUAACACCCCCACGGAACAUAAUAAAUCUUGCGCUUUACAUUUCUCAUCCUAGACAUUGUUUGUUGCAAAAUUCUUUGUUCUUCAUUUAAGAUAACUGACUCACAAACUUUGAUAAUACUCACCUGUGUACUGUAAUGCUUUAACAAGAUAUGACCUGAGGUUCUUGUCAGCCUGAAUACUUGGAAUGGUGCCUGUACUCAAGAGGGCCUCACUCAAACUUUACAAGUAGGGUGGAGAUUAGCUUACUUACACAUCUAUAACAGUCAUUAACGUAGCUUAGAGUCUCAGCAUACUGUACUAGUAGUGUAACAGGAAGAAGUACUUAGCAUGAGCCUGGCAGCUGUGUGGAGGGUGUGAAGAGCAGCCGCUGAAGGUGAGAGUUCAACCAGUGAACAUUGCUGUGCUGGUUUUCUUUAUCAUGAUUUAAUGCACUGGUUAUUUAUUGUCUCUCAUUACCUUAUUAUAUUGCAAUUUAUGAUGGCAUUUCUACUUUUCUUUCAUUUGGUGAUUUAUUUAACAUAUUUUCUGAUAGGCAUUUUGAAAAUCUGGAAGAGUUUUUUUUUUUUUUUUUACAUCUCUGUAUCAGGAUGCUGCUCGUUACAAAGAUUUGUUUUGCAGUCUGCCAGCACUAAUACACUCCUUAGCCAUUUACCUACGCAUGGAACGUGGAAAGCAUUGAGUUGUAACAACUCCAGCAUAACAAAAACCAUUGUUAAUGGUGAGUUCAUUCAGAAGUAUAAUAUGACAGUAAUUCAUGACCUGUGACUUGACCCAGAAGAUCAACAAUUCACAUCACUGACCUCAUUUUGCAUGCAGUAUAUGGUUGGUGCUCCAAGAGAAUUUUUCACCAUCUCCAAAAUGAGUGGAAUGUAUAAUGUGAUGCUCAUUUGUGCCUUUUGACUUAAUUGGAAGGUCAGCCGUUCACACCAGUGUCCUCUCAUUUGCCGUUGUGCACCAGGUGCUCUUUUUCUGUCCUCCGUACGCACCCAAGCCACCCCAAUACUCCCUGCUCUGCUCACCAGCCACCUCUCAGCACCAAUUCUCCACAUUUGCUCACUAUUCACUGUGCAGUCCACAGACGAUCAUCAUCACUGCAUUGUUUCCUCUCCUCUCCUCCUCCCAUGUCCAUAUUCCAGCCCCAUACAAUACUCGAAACAUCAUAGCUUUCAUCCAUUCAUUCGUUCAUUAACAUUAUUCAUUCAUUCACUGUUACUUUGAUGAAUUUGUAAUUCAAUAAAAUGUUCUUGUCUUCCACCAUA